GGACACGCGCCAAAAUACAGUCCCAAUUGAUUGAGAAGCAUUUCUCGACCCCGGAAAUCGCGUACAUCGGUUUCUGAUGGUGUCAUACAUCGUCAUGUUGCCCGCGGCAACGCGCCGCUGCUUCAUUCCGCAAGUAUGCAACAUCGGCAGAUCAACUUUCUCAACAUCGCGACCAUUUCGAGCAGCAGAUCCGAGGCUGAAAGAGCUAGGGAAUGUGAUUGACAAUGAAUUUGCAGUUCUGAAAGUUCACUAUGAUGUUCCUAAACAUCCCAUCAUUCUAGCCCAUGGGUUGCUCGGCUUUGACGAAAUGCAUCUGGUUGGCAAAAGUCUGCCGGGCAUUCAGUAUUGGCGAGGCAUCAGAGAAGCAUUGUCACAGGCCGGAGUUGAGGUUAUUACUGCAACUGUCCCCCCUUCAGGAUGCAUUGAGAAGAGAGCAGAGAAACUUGCGAAAACCAUCAGGGAGAAAGCAGGAGGAAAGAGCGUCAAUAUUAUUGCACACAGCAUGGGCGGGCUAGAUGCGCGCUAUAUGAUUUCUCAGCUUAAGCCUCCUAACGUAGAAGUCCUGUCACUCACGACUAUUGCGACACCUCACCGAGGAUCGGCUUUUGCAGACUAUCUUUUCGAAACACUAGGCCCAAUCAACGUUGCCAGGGCCUACAAAGUGCUCGAAUAUAUUGGAUUGGAAACUGACGCGUUCUCUCAGUUAACACGUAAUUAUAUGGAGAAAAUUUUCAACCCCAAGACGCCAGAUUUACCAGGUGUCAAGUACUACUCCUACGGCGCCUCGUUAGAGCCCGUAUAUUGGUCUGUCUUUCGGCCCUCAUUCAAAAUUAUCAAGCAGCUUGAGAAUGCCCCAAAUGAUGGCUUGGUUAGCGUUCCAAGUAGUCAAUGGGGCGAAUACAAGGGCACGCUGGUCGGUGUCUCCCACAUUGAUUUGAUCAAUUGGACAAACAGACUAAAAUGGUUGUUCUGGCGCUUGACUGGAACAACACAUAGCUUCAACGCUGUAGCCUUUUACCUCAGCAUUGCCGAUAUGCUUGCAAAGGAGGGGCUUUGAUCGAGUGCCCCGAGUCUGAUCAAGCGAUCAAACCUUUCUGAAGGUUUCUCUGACACAAAUUCUCCGCACAUGCAUGGUAGGUGUUAUAAGGUGACGCACAGUCUAUACAUUGCAUGUGGCUGUUUGCCAUAGUACAAGGAAACUUCAAUAAGAGAAGGCGGACAAAGUCGAUUUUACUUUUCUCGUGAUCUCGGCUACUAGAGUGGGUGAUGCAGGCUAGACUUUCUCCUUCGAAGUAUUAAUUUGACUCGGUUGGUGGGUGUGUGCAGCCGAUGCUGAGCGUGGGGUCAGAGCUCAGGGAUGUUCUUCCACUUCGAACAAGCAGUGCAGAGGACCCAAGGAUGAAUAGCUGAGCAUGUGAUGUGUACCAAUAAGAGUCGAACACAGAGAUGAACUAUCGUGAUGGCAGCAAUUUUGCAGGUCAGAGUCACCUAAUGAGCUCGGUGGUAGUCAUCGCUGAGGGAGAAAGCGUUUACUUGGGCCAAUCGUUCCGACCUCUCAAAUCUUUACCGCGUAGGAAAAUCAGCUUCAAUGCAACUCACUCACGCUCGGUCGGCUUGAAUGUGCCGUGGUAUUUUCCCCGGAUCUCAAGUCCCUUAGAACGGAGAAGAGCCCGUGGUCGACGAAUUUUUCGUUUCAGCUAGUCGAGGUCGAGAUAGCUACGUGCAAUCCCCAACCUUGUGACGAGUAACGUUAGAUUAUGCUCUUACUGAUU